AUGUUAAUUUGUUGGAGAAAAGUUAAACCAGUUUGGUUUUCUAAAAUUGCGCUGAUUAUUGCUAUUUUGGGUUUUCCUCCAGUAUACAUGGUAUCUGUAUAUUACGAGCAUGUUAAUGGUUUAUUCCCAUUAAUUAGUUCAUUUGGAGUAUUUCCACCAGAAAAACAUUGGUUUCGAGUGCUGAUGAUUAGCUAUGCUCUAUUCAAUAUGGCGGGAAACUGUUUUUGGUUCAUGAUAGCUAGAAGUAAAAUUGUAAUUAUGACCGAAUCUCUUAUUCCACAUGUAAUUAACUCAUCUAUCAGACUACUAAUGAUCAUUUCUGGAUUGUGUUUAAUCGGUCUAUCCAUUUUCGAUAUGGAAAACUAUGGAGGAAUACAUUUUCUAAUGACAGUUGGAAACUUUACGUGUCAUGGUGUGUCAAUUUUGUUGGGAUGCUACUUAAUGGCUAAAUAUUUCGAGAAUUCUCUCUGGUUUUGCUACUUUCGACUUACACUUAUUGUAAAAAUGCUGAUCAGUACAAUGUCGUAUGUUUAUUUCAACGUAGUUGGGCUUCCCUUAUUGAGUACAUUGAAUAUUUAUCGAAUAAAACCAACUGAUGGUGGUUAUUGGGAAUUUCUUUAUUGUGCAAUUGCUGAGUGGGUUCUGGCUCUUGCGUGUAUUCUAUUCACUCUAGUCAUUGCUCUGGAGACACAAACAUAUGAAGACGUUUUAGUUCGAAAUAAAACCAGAAAUAUUACCACAAUACAACUUAUGAAACAAGUUUAA